AAGGAACUCAAAGCGAUUCAUAAAUUGUUGUUGUUACUUAGAUCAAACCGUUCAGUGCAACAGAAGUGGAAAGGGAAGUCCUCGACAUUUCAGAUUGUCGGCUAAUAAACGGCUGUGAUCUGACUGCAAGUUUCCUUGUAGAGCAGAUAAACAUUGAUGUGAAGGUGUACCGGGCUACUAGUCAUGAUGACCACGAGGAAGAGCCCUGAUGUUGCAUAUCAGAAGAUGGCGGAUGUAGAGGUGGCCCGGGGGGAGAGCCUGGCCAAGUCACAGAUGUAUAUCCGGUGCCUGCUGCUGGUCACCACCCUGGCCAGUGUGCUGCUGGCGCUGUUCUUCCUCCAGGCCCUGCUGGUGCCCGCUCUGCCCUCGCCCUCCUCCGACCCCUCCGGCCCCCGACUGCUGCUGCCACGCACCUGUUCUGAUGCAUGCAGGAUCUCGCUGGUGGAGAGCAUUCCAGAGGGGCUAGAGUUCAACUCGAGCGCCUCACAUCCGUCCAUCUACAGCACCUGGCGUGGCCUGAUCCAAGGGGCUCGCAGCAGCCUGGACAUCGCUUCCUUCUAUUGGACCAUGACCAACAACGACACCAAGACCCGCGACCCCUCAGCCAAGCCGGGAGAGGACAUCCUGCUGGAGUUGGGGAAGCUGUCUGGAACCCUCCCCGUCCGCAUCGCGGUGAACACCCCCACGGAAUCUCAACCCCAGGAGAACAUCAAGUUCCUCAAGAACUCAGGUGCCCAGGUGCAGACAGUGAACAUGAGGGCUCUGACCACAGGUGUGUUGCACACCAAGUUCUGGGUGGUCGACAAGAAGCACAUCUACAUUGGCAGUGCCAACAUGGACUGGAGAUCUCUCACACAGGUGAAGGAGCUCGGUGCAGUGGUGUACGACUGUGGCUGCCUGGCUGAGGACCUGGGGAAGAUCUUUGAGGCGUACUGGUACUUGGGGCAGAAGGAGAGCAUCCCGUCUCCGUGGCCCAGCGAGUUCUCCACCUCCUACAACAAGGACAGGCCCAUGGAGCUGAAGCUCAACGCCACAGACUCACGCGUCUACUUGUCGAGCUCUCCACCUCCACUCUGUGCCGAGGGCAGGACCCAGGACCUGGAUUCCAUCCUCAGUGUUAUUGACGAUGCACAGCAAUUUGUCUACAUCGCCGUCAUGAACUACCUGCCCACCAUGGAGUUCUCCCACCCCAAACGCUAUUGGGCGGCUAUUGACACGGCGCUGCGUCAGGUGGCGUACGAGCGGCGGGUGCGCGUGCGGCUGCUCAUCAGCUGCUGGGGCAGCACGUCGCCCCUCAUGUUCCCCUUCCUGCGCUCCCUCGCCUCGGUGCACGACGACAAGACCAGCCUGGACAUCCAGGUGAAAAUCUUCACAGUGCCUGGCACACCAGAACAGAAACGCAUCCCCUAUGCCAGAGUCAACCACAACAAGUACAUGGUCACCGACAAAGUGGCUUACAUUGGAACCUCUAACUGGUCUGGGGACUACUUUGUGCACACGGCCGGCUCCGCGCUGGUGGUGAACCAGACCCGGUCUCAGUCCGAGGACCUCAGCGUGCAGCAGCAGCUCCAGGCCGUGUUCGAGAGGGACUGGGAGUCCCCGUACAGCGCGCAGCUAAGACACAGCGCCAUGGACGGCAAAAAGGACCUGUGCCAUAACGUGUGACACAACACACACACACACACACUAUAGACACACACACACAAUACACUACACUACACAUAGGCACACACACACACACACUAUAGACACACACACACACGACACUACACUACACAUAGGCACACACACACACACACACACACACACACACACACACUACACUACACAUAGACACACACACACAACACUACUCAUAGGCACACACACACACACACACACACACACACACUCCACACACACACACACUCCACACACACACACACACACACACUCCACAUACAUACACACACACACACACACACACACACACACACACACACACACACACCUCAGGCCUCUGAAGCCACACAUGCGGCAGCUCUGCUCCGAGCCUGAUUGGCUCCCAAAGGGAGUUAUUUCUUAAAACUAAACCUUUAAUUCAGUCAACCACUAACAAGCAGCACCUAUAUUGUCUUAACAGCGAGUUCAAUCAGGCAGUGUUGCUGUCAGAUGUGUUUUUGAUUGCGCUUGGAUGCAACAUUGGCAUUUUGGUACCUAAAUGAUCCCAGCAUUGUUCUUUGUAGGUCAACUUGUGCAAUGAGUAUGUGAGGUGCAAUGAGUCGUGUGGGAAGGGAGGAGAAUAAUGAGCUGGAUAAUCCUCAAAAAAAGGUAUUCAGUGGACUUUGGAUUGGUGAUUGGUGACACACAUGUUUACACCAAGCGGAAGCCCUGUAUCUGGAUACAGUUUCUUUUAUUAUUUUGGGCAUGAUUUUUUAAAGAGUAAACUGAGAAUAAACUGCUUUUUAGGGGUUACUUUGUUUUGUUUUGUUUUCCUAAGAGGGGUACAUGUUUUUUACUCGGACACCAGCCUAAUUACUUCGCCAGUAUCUCUCUUCAAACAUUUUUUGGUCCAUCAGCUGGAGUGUAUUGUACUUUGCAGUGUUCGCUGCUUUACAAAACCUUUUUCUUUUUUUUUUUUAAACAUGGACUCUUCAAAUGUGCAAUAUUCCUGAAAUGUACUUUCUCUUAUGUGUCCGAGCAGGAUAUUUGGUGAAUGGUGAAUGGUUGAUUUAAUCUCAGGAAACUGUUGUGAACAGGGUGCAUCAUGCUGGUUUAAUUGCCUGUUUUCUUGGUUUGUUUGUUGGUUUGUUUCAUCAGUUUCAAGUUCUUUAAUUUACACAUUGGAGACCAGUUAAUAUUCCAGGUUCAUUCUUGUCAUUUUAACACUGAAUCUGACCAUUGAUCUGAACACUUUUUAUUUUAUGUUCAAACUUGUGCCAUAUUCAAUCCCAUGCCCCCUGUCUCUCAUUUUACCCAAGUGGGGACACUGCUGUUACAAACCUGUUGGCCCUUGUGAUCAGUUUUGUAUUUUAAAUAAAUGGGUUUGUUACAAUUAUUAUUAUUAUUAUUAUUAUAUAGAACAGUCUUCCUCAAAACAUAAUCUUUGGUAAAUAUACAUCAUAUUUAUUUAAUAAAUACACAUCAUUCAAUAGCA